UGGAAUUCCAUGAACAUGUCAAAACCAGAAAACCACUGAUUGGCAUCCAAAGUGGUUUUGUCUACGCUCUCCUCCUAUUUAUUAUUGCCCCUUUGUCAUCUUCCUCCCCACUCCGGACACAUCUCUCUCUCUCUGAACUCCAUACCAUCCUACCAGUCUGUUAUUCUUUCUCUUCUUCAUCUCUCUCUCUCAUAUCUCACACAGAGACAAACAGAGUCCAUCCUACCAAUCUGUUAUUCUUUCUUUUUUCUUCUCAUCUCUCUCUCUCUCUCUCUCAUAUCUCACACAGAGACAAACAGGGAAGUAGAGCAAAUGAUUCAAGAAUUGCUAAUCGGUGGAGGGGUAGGAGUCGGACUAGGAGGAGGGGGAGGAGUGGCGAGGCCAAUGAUAGAGAAGUGCAUGGUGAUGGGAGAAGAGCGAAAGGCGCCGGACGCAGCUGCCACCGCCGGCGACAUCCAGCAGGUGGGGCUGAAGUGCCCGCGCUGCGACUCGUCCAACACCAAGUUCUGCUACUACAACAACUAUAACCUCACCCAGCCCCGGCACUUCUGCAAGUCCUGCCGCCGCUACUGGACAAAGGGAGGCGCCCUACGCAACGUUCCCAUCGGCGGGGGUUGCCGGAAGAACAAGGCCUCGGGUGGCCGCUCCUCCAAGUCCAAGGCGGAAAGCGCCACCAAUUCCAAGACCUCCAGCACUACUGCCACCACCGCCGCCACCAGCACUGCCGCCAGUAACAGUUGCGUCAUGACUGAUCGCGAGCAGCCCGCGUCUUCCUCCGCGCUCACCGCAACCACAGAGUCGCCAGCCGUAAUGCAACAGACAGCCACAAGCAUCUCCUCCUUUCUGCUGCAGAACUCCCACGUCUUCGAUCCGCAGAGCUAUCUGGGGCUUCUGAAGCCGGCCGGCAACCACAAUUCAUCCAUACUGCCUCAGAGAUCAGUCUCAGAUGUACAUAAUCUAGGGGCCAUGGGUGUGCUCAAUGGAGGCGUAGGGAUAUGGAGGAGCGGAAGCAACCUUAACCACCACCACCACCACAAUCAGAAUCAGCAGUCGUAUUUCCACCACAACCAACUGGGUUUGAUGGGAGACCAAACUGGCAUUGGUAGUUGUGGCGGAAUUCAAGAAUUGUAUCAAAAAAUUCGGGCCGUGAGCGGCAGCUACGUCAACGAGGAGCAUCAGAACGUUCAGCCGGUAAUGAACGCCAACUCAAUCGUCGAACCAACGGCCUUGGCCGUCGGAGAUUUGGGUUACUGGGGUUCAGCACUACCAUGGCCGGAUCUUCACUCCACUGCCGGUGCUUCCUUUCCUUGAUCCUUCUUUUGUUAGAAAAGAAUCACCCUCUCUACUCCUUUAAUGCGUCUUGUGCCUUAGAGAAUGUAGGACAUGGUAGUGAUAUAAUGUUAUGGCGUGCCUCCUCCCUCCUUCUCUCUGUCUCUCAUUUUCUGUUUUUGUCUCUGUCCAGAUAUCCACUAUUUUGAUUGGUCGGUGUGAGAAUGUAACUUGAACAAGUUAUAAUAGAGAAAGAAUUUAAACAGAGUUCUUAUAA